AUGUGGGUAAAAAAACUCGACACUCUUAUCACCACCAUAAACAACAAUUAUGUUCAUGAUGAAGAAGUACGUACCAGAAAAAACGCCGAGGAUAAACAACUGCGUGAAGAAGAUCGUGCUACUAGGAAGUUGGAUUUGAAAGAACAUACAACUGAAUUGUCGCGUACUCUAUCAACAGAACUUACAACUGCUUUAUCAACAUCUUUGGGGACUACGUUAAGAGAUGUGUUUCGAGAAUUUAAUCCUAACUUCAUUCAGCGUCAGGGUAUUGGCCCUCCUCCACCACCUCCUCCUACUGGUGGUAAUGAAACAACCAUUCGAGCUGGAACUAUCUCUCUUAAGUUCCCAACUUUUGAUGGGGAUGAUCCGGAUGGCUGGAUUUUCAGUACAGAUCAGUAUUUUAACCUGCAUGUUGUAGCUGACAAUAUGAAACUUGUCAUUGCUUCUGCGCAUCUUAAGGGUGAUGCCAAUGCUUGGUACCGUUGGAAAAGGACAACAAUGACUGUGAAUACUUGUCUAGAGUUUUGUUCUCUUGUGCGUGCUCGUUUUUCUGAAACAAAAUUUGUUGAUGCACGAAUGGCUGUUAGCAUGAUCAAACAGAAAGGUACGGUUCGAGAACACAUACCUGAAUUUGAAAGAUUAUUGAAUUUUUUCACUGACUUGCCUGAGAAGCACUUAUUCAAUUGUUUUAUUCAUUCCUUGAAACCUGAAAUUGGGAUUAUGGUUAAGUUACUUGAACCACAAACUUUAACUGCGGCUUUCACUAAAGCCAUCAAUCAAGAGGAUGUUUUGUCAGCUGCUAAACAACCUUAUCGUCCUCCUCAGCUUAGAUCUUCUUCUACUCCUUCUCCUCCACAGUUUAAGAAGAAUCCCUUACCUCCUGGAGCUAAGAGACUUACUUGGCAAGAGCAAAAAGAAAAAAAAGAAAAGGGUCUUUGUUUUAACUGUGACCAAUUUUUCACUCCUGGUCACUUGUGCUUAAAACCAAGAUUAUUGAUUCUCGAAGGUGCUCCUGAGGGAGUUGAAACUGAAGCUCACAUCAUCUCUGAAGAUUCUACAAUACAUCCUGACAAUGAAGUUGAUGAUGGAGUUGCAGCUAAUAUUUCACUGCAUUCUCUUGUGGGUUCUUCUUUCCCUAGAACCAUGAGAAUUAAUGGCUUCUCUAAGGAACAACCUCUCACACUUUUGAUUGACUCAGGAGCGACUCAUAAUUUUCUUCAUCCUGCGUUGGUAAAAAAGUGUGGAUAUUCCUCACAAGCAACAGACAAUGCAUUGUGUGUUACUGUUGGUGAUGGAGGUAAAUUGAACACCUUGGGUACUUGCUUCAAUGUUCCUAUCAGAAUGCAAUAUUACUCUUUUACUACUGAUUUUCAUGUUCUACCAAUCAGUGGUUGUGAUGCAGUAUUAGGGGUACAAUGGUUGCGAACAUUGGGUCAAAUUACUUGGGAUUUUGACAUGUUAAUCAUGAACUUCGAAGUUAAUGGUGCAGCCAUACAAUUAUUGGGAAAUAAUUCUUCUUAUGUCAUGCUCUUGGACAGUGUGCCCAUGCAACGUCUACUUCACCGAGAAUUUUAUGGUGUUUUUCUUCAACUAUCUGCAAAAGCUACUUCAUUAAAUGCUACACCAGCUCCACCACCUGAAAUUCAGCACUUAUUGUCUCAAUUUGCCGAUGUUUUUCAGCCUCCAACCUCACUGCCACCUGUGAGACUGCAUGAUCAUAGAAUACAACUAUUACCAGGAUCAACUCCAGUUAAUGCACGUCCAUAUCGAUAUCCUCACUUUCAGAAGGAUGAAAUUGACAAGAUUAUAGCUGAACUAAGCCAAGCUGGUUUCAUUCGUUCAAGUUCAAGUCCUUUUUCUUCUCCUAUAUAA